AGAACUUCAAGCCUCCAACGCUGCCAUAAAAGCUCAAGUUGAGUACUUAGCAAAACAAGUGGCUCAACUCACCAAAAUGAAGCUGAAGAUGAUGGACACCCCUGAAGAGAGUGAUGAAGAACAAGAGCUGGAAACACACCCUACGGGAGAUUCCAACACCAACACCGGAGGAAGCGUUCAUGAGAAAGGAACCACAGACUUCAAGGUUGAUCUUCCGACAUUUGAAGACAAGAACGACCCCGAUGAGUUUCUAGAGUGGCUCGAGACGGUUGAGCAUGUCUUUGACUUCAAAGACUUGCCCGAAGACAAGAAAGUGAAGUUGGUUGCCCUUAAGCUUCGGAAAUAUGCGUCAACGUGGUGGACCAACACCUCCACCAAAAGAAGGCGUGAAGGUAAGGCUCCCGUAAAGACGUGGCUAAAGAUGCGUGCCUUGAUGUAGAAGAAGUUUUUACCCGAACAAUAUGUGAGGGAUAACUUCACCCGGUUACAACAACUAAGGCAAGGCACCCGGACAGUGGAGGACUAUAACCGGGAGUUUGAAGAGCUUUUGAUGAUGUGUGACCUCCAAGAGGAUGACUCGCAGACAUUGGUGUGUUAUUUGUUUGGGCUUAACACCCAAAUCGCCAACGUGGUGGAGUUACAAACCUACGCCACCUUUGAAGAACUGUCCAAACUAGCUCUUAAGGUUGAGUCUCAACUUAAAAGAAACAAAACCCCUUUUG